GUCCCUUGCAUAACACACACACUUGUCAUAAUGGCCAUGCUUGCUCAGCGCCAGGCUUUCUCGGGCGUCCGGGUGGCCCCCAAGGCCCCCGUGGUCGCUGCGCGUAUCUCGCGCUCGACUGUGAAGACCCAGGCCCUUUUUGGCUUCGGUGCUAAGCCCGCUGCCUCCGGCGGUGCUGCUGCCCCGGCGUUCAUGAUCUGCAUUGACUGCGGCUACAUCUACGACGGCGGCCAGGAGUUCAAGUCCCUGCCCGGCUCCUACAAGUGCCCCGUGUGCUCCUCGCCCAAGAGCCGGUUCAAGGUGUACAAGGGCACCGACGUCAAGGGCAAGCCCAACAAUGCCCCCGCCACCAUGAAGAAGCGGAAGGACGCCAAGCAGUGGUAAACUGCUGACUGGCCAAUAAGCUAGCUAGCCUGCUAGCUGACCAGCGGGGUGUGGCAUGAGUGCGUGAGGACGCUGCCGCGUCGGGCCUUCACCGGGCCCUGACCCGGCAUGCCGUCUGCGUGUGGUGCGUGCGAGAGCGCCAGCCCCGAUCUACCUCGAGGAGGCAUCGGAGGCAGCGACAGCUACGAAUCGUGGCCGUGAUGACUGUUUGGCAGUAUGACUGUGGCAGUCGGCGGCUGCACUGCGCUGCGGCUGUGCGGUGUGCCUGGCAGCGGCGAAGGAUCAGGAGGGCUUGGGGCCGCGGUGCCUGGUGCUUUGCUUUGCGGUGUCGUAGGACCUCGGCGGGAGACUUCGGUCAAAGGCGGUUCAGAAGAUUAUAUGCGGCACCAGGGAGUGGCGGUGCAGCGAGGUGGCCGAGGCGGCGCGACUUGCUUUUCGGGGCGGGGUGUUGUUGUUCCCCUGGCGGCGGUGGUACGUCAGCGGCCGAGCGCGGCACCUAGGGACAGGAGGACGGGGGCACGGGGUGGUGGAGGACCGGGCGCAGCCCGUGCAACCAGUCGGGUGGGCUGGCCCAAGAGGACUUGCGUGUGUGUGCUUGGAUGUGCGUGUGUGGCUUGCGUGCGCGCCGCGGCUGCGGUGCCGCGGCGGAGGGCUCGUGGACCUUGUAAUCAGCAGCUCUC